AUGAGCCCUCCGAAUCGCCUAAAAUAUGACCCUAACCCGCACUUUGGACACGUGUCCAACCUCGACAAGGCUCUGGCCUUUGUCGGCUACGUGGUGGUGGCAGUGCAGGCCGUCUUCUUUUUCUUGGUUCGGUUCCUGCGAUCAAAAUCGGGACCUUUACGGAAGGAGCUUGUAUAUUUUCUCGUUCCAAAGUUCAUCCACUGGCUGCCCACAUCAGUAAUCCGCCGGGGAUCGGUCCGCAGCGCGCGGGCCUUCACCUCUCACCGCUAUGGAGACCGGCUGGCUGCGUUCCCCGAGGUGAUUGACCGGCCCGAGUUCAGCGGGAUCUGGGUGACGAAACCGGGCUUCACGCGAGCAUCCAAGCCGCGCGAUGCCGACGUGGUCCUCAUCUACGUGCACGGCGGCGGCUACGUGACGGGCCUGCCGGAGCAGUACGCCUGCAUGCUCCUGCGCAUGGCGGAGCGGAUCGAGGCCAAGGGCCAAAGGGUCGCCAUCUUUGCCCUGCGGUACUCGCUCGCGCCCGAGCGCCGCUUCCCCACCCAGCUCCUCCAGGCCGCGGCCUGCUGGGACUACGUGGUCGGGGAGAUGGGCGUGCUGCCGGAGCGGGUGGCGCUGAGCGGCGACUCGGCCGGCGCGUCCAUCAUCCUCUCGAUGCUCGUGCACAUGUCGCACCCGCUGGUCGGGGUCGAGAGGGUCAAGCGCCCCGCCAGGCCCGGCCGCGGCAUCUUCCUGCAGAGCCCCUGGGUCAACCCGGUGGACGAGACGGGGUACGACGACAACCAGGGCGCCGACGUGAUCAGCGUGGCGACGCUGCGAGCCUGGACCGUCGCGGCGGUCACGGGGGUCGAGGACGGCGACGUCGAGCGCUACCUCGAGUUCACGGGCCCGAGGGACGACUGGCACGACAUCCUGCCCGCGUACACGUGGGUGUCGGCGGGCGGCAACGAGCGGUUCCUCCGCAACAUCACGCGGUUCGUGGAGGCGGCCAGGAAGGCGGGGAAGAGGGUCGACUACGAGGUGCGCAAGGGAGAGGUUCACGUGUGGCAGUUUAUGGAAUCCGUGAUAGAGGGGAACCAGGCGAUGGAGCAGGAAUUUGGGACGUUUGGGGAUGGGUUGAUGAGUGGGAUUGAUGGGCUUGCCAAAGCGAUACUUGAUGCUCCAAGAAGCAAGUGA